AUGGCCUUACGCUCGCAACUCCUGCGCAUCGUAAGCAAUGGACAACAAGUGCGUUACAUCCACGAGUUGAAAUCAAUGGAGCGGGCUGGAGUGGAGAAAUUACGUGACGUUCUGGAAGAUCGGCUGAAGGAAAUUAAACGCGCCAAGACGUGGAAACAUGAACGUGUCAUCACCUCACCUCAAGACAGAACGGUGACAGUAAAGGGGGCAGAGGGCGAAUUCCUUAAUUUUUGCGCCAAUAACUAUUUAGGAUUAUCUAAUCAUCCCGAAGUAGUCGAAGCUGCUCGAGAUGGCUUGGCUAAGUAUGGGGCUGGUUUAAGCUCGGUACGAUUUAUCUGUGGAACCCAAACUUUACAUAAGGAACUUGAAGAUCGCUUAACCAACUUUCACCAACGCGAAGACACAAUCUUAUAUGGGUCAUGUUUCGAUGCAAAUGCUGGACUCUUCGAGGCGAUGUUAACACCAGAAGAUGCGGUUUUUUCUGAUGCCCUGAAUCAUGCGUCCAUCAUCGAUGGAAUCCGAUUGUGCAAGGCGCAGAAAUUCCGCUAUCCUCAUAGAGAUUUAAACGAACUAGAGCAUCUUCUAGCACACUCGGAAGCUCGUUUGAAAUUAAUAGUGACCGAUGGUGUGUUCUCCAUGGAUGGAAAUGUAGCACCAGUCAAGGGUUUGAGAGCACUGGCCGAUAGAUACAGAGCUCUACUGGCAAUUGAUGACAGCCAUGCCACUGGUUUCUUUGGGGAAACAGGAAGGGGCACUGAAGAAUUCUGUGGAAUUAUGGGUGCAGCUGACAUAAUAUGCUCAACUCUGGGCAAGGCAGUCAGCGGUGCCGCCGGUGGGUACACAACGGGUCCUAAAGAACUCAUCACUUUGUUAAGGAAUGUAUCUAGGCCAUAUUUGUUCUCGAACGCUCCACCUCCACCGGUCGUGGCUGCAUCAAUGAAGGCUCUAGAACUAGUGGAACGCAGUAACGAACUCCGUGAGCGCUUGCAUCAAAACACGAAGGCGUUCCGUGAGGGUAUGAAAGCUGCUGGGUUGACUGUUGCGGGCGACGACCACGCCAUCUGUCCAGUCAUGGUCGGGGAUGCCCCGAAAGCUGUGGAACUUGCUUCUGGCAUGUUACUUAAAGGUAUUUACGUGGUAGCCUUCAGUUACCCCGUAGUGCCGAAGGACCAAGCGCGAGUCCGCGUACAAAUAAGCGCUGCGCACACACAGGAAGAUAUCAAGAAAGCAGUUGACGCAUUCGCAGAGGUCGCUACAAACAUCGGACUAAUCAAGAAAUAA